AUGAAAACUUACUUUUGUAUUGGGAUUCGCUUAAUUCUCACGCAUGGACUGUGUGUGCUUUGUUGCUUUGGUGGAUUUAACUGUCUUCCCUGCAAUCACUUGGGUUUAAAGGCUGAUGAUGUCGUCCGAAACGUCGCCUUUUUUCGUACCGAACGUUCUAAACGAAAUGUUGAACAUCCUCGUCUAUCUUUUAAUGUUUACAUGGAUCCAUCUUUCACGAGUCUACCCAAUGGAUCUGAAAUAAAGGUAGUUCUCUUUCGUUAUCUUAGAUAUUACAAAAAGGGAAGUGGUAGUUUAUUCUGCGCUUUAGGGUGCAAGAAACUAAAACAUUGCGGUCCUGUAACUGUACCGUCUGAGCACUUGAAUAGUUGUAGAUUACCCAGCGACAUAAAUUAUACCGAACUGGGUUCACCUGUGUACUCGGGCGGUUUUCUGCUCUAUCUAGCUGCCAAGCGUACGAGAAAAUGCACAAAUGCAAAUAUUUUGGGCUAUUCCUCCCACUGCCAGCAGGAAAUGAUAACAGACAGACCAACCGCAGGUUUUAUUAAUUUCUGUUUGAGUCCCAGUGAUAAUCUUUACGACUUAUCGCACGUUGGCUUCUCGCCUUCCUUGUACGCAUUUUUUCGCGAUUACAAUGGCAUCCCUUUGACACCUCGACAGCCGGAAUCGGGAAUUUACAAAUGGAGUGAAAGAGUGAUUAGAACAAAGGUGAGGAAUUGGUCUAGUGCAAUUGGCACAUUUCAAAGAAAGGUCCACAUGGUUGUUACGCCAACGGUCUUGCGCUUCGCCCGCGAGUACUUCUCAUGUCCUUACCUGGAGGGUGUGGAGUUGGAGAACCAAGGUGACACCGGUGUUUCUCUCUCACAUUGGGAAAUGCGUAUCUUAGGUAACGAACUGAUGACUGCGACCUAUACAAACGUGUUUCGCCUGUCUAACUUAACCCUAGCCUUCCUAGAAGAUACUGGAUGGUACCUACCGAACUAUUCCUUGGCUGAGCACCUGACCUGGGGCGCACAACGUGGGUGUGUCUUUUCAACUGAGAGCUGUUAUUCCUAUAUAAAAGCAGAUACCGCACCGUUUUGUUUGACUCCGCAGGACGAACGCUCUGGAAAUCUCUUCGUCUGCACCCCAGGUCAACGUAUGACACUGGCACCUAAUGUAACUGACAGUCUCCGCAUGUAUACCUACUUUGGUAAUACCUCACGUCUGAAAUAUCGAGGAAAAGUAAUACCAUACGAUUACUUUGGCAAAGUGGACCUUGCCGACUUCUGUCCCUUUGUUCAGGUUUGUUGCAUCCGUUCACUCAAAUUAUAUAAGCUCAAGUUUGUUCAUGAGACCCUUACUAACUGGAACAAUUACAACCUGGAAGUUUAUGGGCCAAAUUCCAUCUGUCUGCCCAUUUCUCCUAAUUGGAUUCUACUUGGUAGAAAGUCAACGGUCUACGAAGCCCCUGUUCGUGGAGCUGGGUGCUACAAAGUAAAUUCACUAGCACAUGCAAGCAAAUUGUGA